GCCGUGCGCGUCAGCAAGCAGAACAUACCUCGUCGCCAAUGACGGCAAGAAAUUGGCGGUCUUUGUAGUCGGCGUUGGAGGAAGCCAUGAUCGUAUGGUGAGGUUGUGGUAUCAAAGGCUAAGGAGCGGGAAUCGCUCGUUCGCUUAUGUCGCAGCUUGACAUGCUGGAGGUCCUGUUGCGUUACCUUGCCCGGUACGUACCUCACCUUGGGUGCAGCCAAUCCGCCCCGCAAAGUGGAGCCCUUUCUGGUGAGCUCCAGGUCCAGCUGCGAACAAAGAAAUCUGAAUGACUGCCACUCCCUUUCACAACAACCAGGUGUGCCAUCUCGUACUCCACGCUGACGGUUCGACCAUCGCCACCUGGCUUCAUCGAGGGUGUACUGACCAGUUGCUACGCAGCUAGGGGUCUUUUCUCAUCGCUUACAUGUGCUCGUAAGAUCGCAACGCGCCAUUCGACACGCGACGAUGCCGCGCCUAAUCCGACGCAAGCCGUUCGUCGAACGCAUGAAGGGCUACCUCAACCCGAUGGACUGGUGGCUUUGGGCAUCUGAGGAGAUGGAGACCAGCGACUGGGAUUCUGACUCUUCGGGAUACGGCAUCGGCCUAACGCUCAACUUCAUCUUCCUACUUGCUCGCGCAAAUUCCGGUCCUUCGACAUCGAACGACGAUAUCUUUGGGGAUGGCACUGGUCCAGGAUGGCUUUCCUGGCUUGUUCAUCCUCUAGUAUGGGUUCUAGUUGCGAUCUCUCUCGUGAACGGCUUCGAUACGAUGGCCCGGACCCGCAAGUACCGACUGUUCUCCGCCAACGUCGAGGUCAAGCCUGCUACGUCCUCUGUCCAGCGCGUAAAGAAGGAUUCGUCGCCUGCAGGCUCCUCUCCUCUACGCUACCUUGGCCAAAUGCUUGCGCCUGAAUCGGCCGAUGCUCGAGCACACCCGGAUAAGAACGAGGAUGUCUGGGAGCUGUCGAUAUGGGACCCACGAGCUUUCUCUCUAUGCAUAUUCUCGGUGUUCAGCCCUGGUCAUGUGCUGGUCUACUGGCUGUUUCUUCCGAUAGGAUCGCUCGACACACAGCCUAGCGUGACGGUGUUCACGACUCUUCUGCUUCAGGCUGUACUCUCGGCGCAGAUCGUGAUUGGAAAAUCGUUGUUCACACAGCAGGCUAAGGACCAUGCCAUCAUCCAAAAGGAGGUGUUCCACGAAUACGACUCGCAAUACGUGCACCCGCGCAUGCACCCCGUCGUGAGAGAUGUUGGUACACAAGUGUCGGAGCAACAGCCGCCCAACGCUCGAGAAUUCGUCGAAGUCGGGACGCCGACCACAUUUAUCAACGCCGGCUUCUACAGCAGGAGCCAAACUCGCGCCACGCCAGAUCAGUUUACACCCAGUCGUACAAAUGUUCUGGGCUCCCAGAUGUUCACACCAAAGAACAUCGGCCGGCAAUCCGACGUGCCUCAGUCUGCUACACAGUCCCGGCCUUCACCGUCGCGCAAGAGCAUGCCUGCGAAUUACUCCAGCAGCUCUACCUCGGUGCAACCGCUCCCGCUUUCUUCGACCACGGCGAAUCUCAGCAGUAAGGGUGGAUACCUGGGCGCCUACUCACACGAAAGGUCGCCUUUGAAGCACUCUGCUAGUCUGGGAAGGCUCAACAGCUCCCACAAUGUCGAGUCGCCCCGCAAUUCACGCGAAAUGGCCGCAUACGAGACGGAGAGGAGUGAGAUGGGCAAGCAGAACGUGAUUGUCAAGAACAGUCCGGCGCGGAUCUCAAGCACUCCAGGCUACUCUAGGCCCAAUCCUUUUGUUGGCCAGGCUCGGCCAGAGGCGUCCCGUACCACCGAAGCGAAGGAGAGGUUCCCGAAGAUGCGAGGAGCAUACUAUUAAUGGACCAUUUUGCACGAUUGAGAUACACGGCGUUUUGGGGUUGUGUUUCCACAUUGGUUGGAGUUGAUACGGACGCCCUGUGGUAAAGGCUUGGAUCUUUCGUCACUGCAUACGGUAGCAUCAACACCGGAC